UUUUUUGUAUUUUUAGUAGAGACGGGGUUUCACCAUGGUCUUGAUCUCCUGACCUCGUGAUCCGCCUGCCUCGGCCUCCCAAAGUGCUGGGAUUACAGGCGUGAGCCACCGCGCCCGGCCGAGAAGUUAGAUUUUAAAAGGCACAAUUGAUUGUAGGGAGACUAGUUGGUUGGGAGAAUGGUGUGAUGACUUGAAAGAUUGAAGAUAUCAGGCACAGUAGUCACGGUGGAAUUGUAGACAGAUUGAAGAACUUUUUAGGAGAGUAACUAAAAGAAUCUCAUUGACUUUAUAUUGGGGGAUGGGUAAAGAAGAAGGAGUUGUCAAAGAUGGAGUUGAAAUUGUUGGCGUGGACAACUAAGUGGAAUGUGAUGUCAUUAACCAAGUUACGGAAUACAAAAGAGGGUAUUACAUUUGAGGGAAAUAAGUUUGAUUUUGGUAUAUAGGAUUUGAGGUAUCUGGGAAAUCCAAUAGGCUUCUGGAUAUAUACAUAGGUCUUGAGUAGAAAGGUUCAGAAGGGAGAUACAGAUUUAGUAGUCAUUAGUAUAUUAGUAGUUAAAGUCAGUUUGAUGACUCUGUGAGUCCAAGCUUCAGUUGCUUUAUAUGUUGUUCAUUCAUAUCUUUUUGAGAGAUUAGCCUUGCAGGAAUGUGGCAUGAUAACUACUACUUCAUAGUACAGUGCUAGUCCUUUUCCUUAGUUUUCAAUUUUUUUUUCUGUGAACUUCUUUUUUUUUUUUUUUUUUUUUUGAGACAAAGUCUCACUCUGUUGCCCAGGCUGGAGUACAGUGGCACGAUCUCGGCUGACUGCAACCUCAGUCUCCUGGGUUCAAGCAAUUCUCCUGCCUCUCCCAAGUAGCUAGGACUACAGGCGCACACCACCACGCCUAGCUAAUUUUUGUAUUUGUAGUAGAGACGGGGUUUCACCAUGUUGGCCGGGGUAGUCUCGAACUCCUGACCUCAGGUGAUGCACCUGCUUCGGCCUCCCAAAAUACUGAGAUAACAGGCAUGAGCCGCCAUGCCCAGUGGAACUUUUUUUUUUUUUUUUUUUUUGAGAGGGAGUCUCCCUCUGUUGCUCAGGCUGGAGUGCCGUGGGGCCAUCUCAGCUCACUGCAACCUCUGCUUCCUGGGUUCAAGGUAUUCUCCUGCCUCAGCCUCCCAAGUAGCUGGGAUUACAGGCGUGCGCCACCAUGCCCGGCUAAUUUUUUGUAUUUUUUUUUUUUUUUUUUUUUUGAGACAGAGAUCUCGCCACUGCACUCCAGCCUGGGCAACAGAGCGAGACUCUGUCUCAAAAAAAAAAAAAAAAAUUGAAACAAUUUGAAAUAUAUAGAACAGUUGUAAGUAUGCUAGAAAUAUUUUUGUUUUCUUUCAAUCAUUUGAGAGUGUUGCUGACCUGAUGUUCCGUCAUCCCUGAAUACUUUAGUAUUUCCUAUAAACAAGGGGCAUUCUCCAACUUUACCACAAUACAACUGUCAAAAUCAACUGACACAUUACUUCCAUAUAAUUAUCAGAUCCUCUUCAAAUGUUGCUUAUUAUUGUACCAGUUGUAUGCUUUAUAGCACAAAGGAUCCAGGUGAGAAUCACACAUUGCAUUUAUUUUUCAUGUUGUCUUAGUCUUCUUCAGUCUGGAACAGUUUCUUCAGGCCUUCUUUGAUGUUCACAACCUUGAUGCUAUUAAGUUAUUUUGUAGAAGUCCCUCAAUUUGGACUUGUCUGGUGGUUCCUCCUGUUUAAUUUAGGUAACAUAUCUUCAACAGGAAUAUCACAGGAGUGAUGCUGUGUUCUUCACUGCAUGAUUUCAAAAGUGUGAGCCACUGCCCCAUGGUGUGUUGAUGCCGGUCUGCCAUGCUAGCCUGUCUACCAGGGCCAGGUGACCUGUCCUUUCAGCUUCUUUCUCACACGCAGAUGAACACUGGACUUCAGAAAUGGGACACUACACAGAAAAUGAGAACUGCUCACUAUCCUACCCCAGCCGAAUUGGAUGCGUAUGCUAAGAAGGUCGCAAACAACCCACUGACUAUAAAAAUCUUCCCCAACAGUGUGAAGGUUCCCCAGCGGAAACACGUUCGUCGUACUGUGAACGGCCUCGACACAUCAGCCCAGCGCUACAGCCCCUACCCGACACAGGCUGCCACCAAGGCAGGCCUGCUUGCCAUUGUCAAAGUGCCAGCCAAAAGCAUACUCAAGGACUUUGACGGCACCCGAGCCCGGUUGCUCCCUGAGGCCAUCAUGAACCCCCCAGUGGCACCCUAUGCUACUGUGGCACCCAGCACUUUAGCCCACCCCCAGACCCAGGCUCUGGCCCGCCAGCAGGCCCUGCAGCAUGCACAGACCCUGGCCCAUGCCCCUCCCCAGACGCUGCAGCACCCUCAGGGUAUCCCGCCACCCCAGGCACUGUCCCACCCUCAGAGCCUCCAGCAGCCUCAGGGCCUGGGCCACCCUCAGCCCAUGGCCCAAACCCAGGGCUUGGUCCACCCUCAGGCCCUGGCUCACCAGGGUCUCCAGCACCCCCACAAUCCCUUGCUGCAUGGAGGCCGGAAGAUGCCAGACUCAGAUGCCCCCCCGAAUGUGACCGUGUCUACCUCAACUAUCCCCCUUUCAAUGGCGGCCACUCUGCAGCACAGCCAGCCCCCGGACCUGAGUAGCAUCGUGCACCAGAUCAACCAGUUUUGCCAGACGAGGGCAGGCAUCAGCACUACCUCAGUGUGUGAGGGCCAGAUCGCCAACCCCAGCCCCAUUAGUCGCAGUCUGCUUAUCAAUGCAAGCACCCGGGUGUCGACCCACAGCGUCCCCACACCAAUGCCUUCAUGUGUGGUCAAUCCCAUGGAGCACACCCAUGCGGCCACCGCCGCGUUGCCUGCUGCAGGUCCUGUCAACCUGCCCACAGGCAUCUCUCGCGUCCCCACUGGCUACCCUAGCGACCUCAAGCCAGUCACCUGGAACCAGCACCAGCUGGCCCACCUACAGCAGAUGUGCAGCGAGGCUAGUGGGACGCCAGCCCCUGGCCUGACAGGCAAGCAUGCGGCAGGACGCGAGUUGGCAGGGCCUGGCUUUGUGGGCAAGGCCCCUGCCUACCCGCAGGAACUCUGCCUGGCGCAGUCCUUCCAUCUGAAGCCACCCCUGGAAAAGCCGACCCCAUCCCCACCAGUCAACGGCAUGGCAGCCCCAUUGGCCUACCCCAAUGGUCACUACUUCCAACCCCUGUGGAACAACAUUCUGCCCACUCCCAAUAGCGACAGCUCGGGGUCUCAGGACCUCGCCAUGCCGUUCCACGGUGGGCAGCCCACAGGUGCACCCCUCGACUGUGCGACAGCUCCCGGGGCCCACUACCGAGCAGGGACCGGGGGCGGUCCAGUGGCAAGCCAGAACAGCUUGAUGCAAACAGUGGAUUACCUAAGUGGGGAUUUCCAACAGGCCUGCUUCCGAGAACAGAGCCUGGCCAUGCUGAGCAAGGCCCACCGAGCCCCUGGCAACCGAGCCCCCGAUCCCACAGAGAGUCGAAGUCUUCAUAUUCAGCACCCAGGGUAUAGAUAGGUAGCCCUGCUGCCCUCCACGUGCAACACAUCAUACAUCACCCUCCUAGGUUUAGUCUUUUAAGUAACUGGAUAGUUUCAAAGUUUCACUGCUCCAGUGUGAUCAUUCUUAGAUGUCUAAGGGAAUUUGGUGGGAUCUAAGUGGGGACAGAAGGGGUCCUCUCAUCCUCCCCUUCAGCAACUUUUGGUUUUAUGUUAGAACCUAACCCCAAGCCCAGGCUUUUCUCUCCACUGACUGCCUGUCAGCUAGUCUCUCCACCUUGGCCUUUUCCAGCCAGCUCCCACCCAUCUUUUCUUGAAUUUUUUCCUGUUUCCCUUAGGACGACUGAGGUGUGGGCUGAGGGAAUGCCCUAGUUGAGGUAGUAUAGGUGCUCAGGCCCCUAAUCCAGACCUCUACCUGUUGCUACCCCCUUCCCCUCCCCCCAGGACUAAGAAGCAAGAUUUCCCAGGUGCUCUGAAAGCUAAUUACUUACUCAUGGAAAGAUCUCAAAUCAAAGCUGACCCAGUCUUCAUAUCCUUCAAGUUCCUUUCCAUUCCUCAAGGCUUUGUUUUGUGUCUAUAUUGAUCCCACAGCCACUGCACUUGCCCUCGCCACACUUGAUCUCAAGGGCACCUUGGAAGUAUUUGACCAUUUCUUGAGAUACGGGGGAAAAACGUCUUUGUAUAGGCAUCUUGGUUCCGGACUCCCCUUUCCAAACCUACUAAUACAGUGACUUCAGCAUACCCAAGAUCCCUUUCUCACUGUUGCCUGUCCCCUAACUCACCUGCCCAUAGCCCCUAUCCUUUCCCCCUCAACAAAAACAAAAUCUACCUUACUUGAGGAAUUAGGUAGGUAAGGAAUGAUCACAUUGGAGUUUGGGAUUAAAAACACCAAAAAAAAAAAAAAAAUGCAUUUGGUUCUCUCUACACUGGCUAAGAAUAUUGCUCUACACUGUAAGUUUUAAAUGUUACGUUUCUGUAUGAAUGUAGUGUGGGUUUGAGUAGCAUUGUGUGUGAGUGGCCCCACAGGUACAUUCACCCUCUAGUGCAGCCCCUCAGUUUAAUGAAGGAAAAAAAACAAACACAAAGCCUUAAGCUCUUUGAAUACUUCCUUUACCAAAUGAGCAUGGUUCUAACACCUGGAGAUGGGCCUACAUUGGAAACAGCCCCUCCUGCCCUCUGUCCAUUCUUAGAGCAUACCUUCAUCCACUCCAUGCUCAGCACGUCUCAUCCCAAGUGACAAUUAGUUGGCUAGAAACACUUCUGUAAUUUUAAACUUAGAUUGUUUUGUUAUAAGUUUUUGCACCAUUCUGUUAAAGAUGCAGAAUUGGGCUUUUUUAUUUUUUACAGAUGAAAUAAGCCCUUACCUUUCCUCUUGUCUCUGGAGAAUGUCAGCUGAUGGUUCUUACUUAAGGUUUUGCAUUUUGUUCACUAUCCACUUCUGUUCGUUACCCAGAAGUUCUCUAGUGAUCUGAAGCAAUGUGACUGAAGACCAGUUUUAAGUUAUGUGUUGGCAAGUUGCCUUAUAUUUAAAAGGAAAAAAAAAAAAAAGCCUGAUUGUGUUAUGCCAAAUGAUAGCAACAUGAAGUCCUAAUUUAUUGUUACCAAUUGUUUUCCUGCCGUCUGUGAACACUGUUACCUCCCUGUCCUGAUCCCCCAGGAGCACCUGCAGCUUCUGACUCAAUGCCUUCUCCCAAGGUGUUGGCCGCCAUCUCACCCAGGGCCCUCUUCCAGUUCCUGCUUUUCUGAGUCAGAUUUAAAGAGCACCACUGUCUUCCCCCUAUCCCUUGCUUGAUCUCCAAAGCAGAUAUUUUUGCUGUAUUUUUUUUUUCCUCCCCAAUACCUCUCCCUGAAAGGUGAGCUGCCAUUUUAGGAAAUUGGACCAGACACCAACUUGGGGGCUUUAAGUCAAACAACCUCAAACCCAUCUCUUCCUGUGUAGGGGUGCAAGCCUCUGAAGCUCUCACUCCCACCCCUAGUCUGCAUGGAAAAUGUACUGUGAUCCCCCUGCCCCCAACUGCCCUCGCCUUUGGUGUGAGAUGUUCCUUCUUUCGGAGUUCAGCCUGAGUCCCUCUCUCCUCUGCCAGCCAACCCCCAGCCAGCAAUAAGGGUCCAAGCCAGGGCCUCCUCUCCACACUCCCUGUCUCCAUCCUACACUACCCCAGGGAAUACCUGGAUUCCCCACUCUAUCCACAUACUGUAGCAUUCAUUCUCCAUCUCUCUCACCUCACCUGUGGUGGUUUAUGGGUGUGAUGGGGUUUUUAAGAUUAUUAUAAACCAGUAAAAAUAAGAAAACCUC